GUUAGCCGGUGAGCUAGUUCGUGGCGCUUGUUUGGCAUGUACGCACACAGCAGCAGGUGACCAGCGGGAGAUAAACUGUCUUAAACUUUGUGAACUAAACGUUCUGCAUUAUUAUUCAGACUCGGUGCUUAUAUAUUAAUCAUAUAAUUGCUGUUGCGUAUUGUAAAACAACACAAAAUAUACAAUUGUACGGGAAAGUGGAGAGAUGCUACUUUUCAUGUACUGUUUAUAGCACAUUAAUCAAGAUGUCCGAACAAACCGCAGCAACGCCGUCGCUUCAUUUCGGUCAGGUGGUGAUUGGACCGCCAGGUUCGGGUAAAACGACUUACUGCCGGGCCAUGCAAGAGUUCCUCACACGGCUAGGACGCAACGUAGUGGUGGUGAACAUGGACCCAGCUAAUGAAGGACUUCCAUACAAGUGCGCUGUGGAUAUCUCCGAGCUAGUAACUUUGGACGAUGUGAUGGAUGCCUUGAAGCUGGGGCCAAAUGGUGGCCUGCUUUACUGCAUGGAGUAUGUUGAAGCCAACAUGGACUGGUUGGAAAACAAGCUGAGGCAGCACCACGACUCCUACUUCUUGUUUGACUGCCCUGGACAGGUGGAGUUGUACACGCACCAGAAUUCAGUGAAAAACAUUUUCUCAUUGUUGGGGAAAUUAAAUUUCAGGCUCACAUCAGUGCACCUUGUGGACUCUCACUACUGUGCUGACCCAGCCAAGUUCAUCUCAGUGCUGUGCACCUCAUUGUCCACCAUGCUGCAUGUAGAGCUCCCUCAUGUCAACAUCCUCUCCAAGAUGGACUUGAUAGAGCAAUAUGGAAAACUAGCCUUCAACCUCGACUUCUACACUGAAGUCAUGGACCUGAAAUAUCUCUUGGACCACUUGGCAGCGGAUCCAUUCUUUAAGAAAUUUCGCCAUCUAAACGAAAAGCUGGCAGAAGUCAUAGAAGAUUACAGCCUGGUCUCAUUUGUAUCUCUCAAUGUUCAGGACAAAGACAGCAUGAUGCAGGUGUUGCGGGCAGUGGACAAGGCCAACGGCUACUGCUUUGGAGACCUGGAGGAGAGGAAUCUUCAGACGAUGAUGUCAGCUGCCGUGGGGGCAGACUUCCAGUUCGACUCCACUCUCGGAGUUCAAGAGCGCUACGUUGAAACGGGUGAAACGACAGUGGAGGACGAAAUUAUGGAGCUUUUGAAUGGCUGACUGGUGAAUGCCAACACAAAGCUGGUCCUUCUCUCAAUAUGACCUGGACAUCUAUAUUGAAAUAAUAGACACAAGAAGUUUGCAACUAAAUGACACCACGUUUUCUUAUUCUGGAUGUUAAGCCCUGUGGUUUGCUUUUUAAAAUUAAUUAAUGUUCACUUAACAGCUAGAGUAGACUUCAAUGACCUAAAACAUUUGGCAAUGACACAUACCGGCCCCCGUUGUCAGGUCAAAAGUUAGGAGACGAACAAUUUUUGCAGCAAACUACUAAAAACAAUAGAAUGCUGCUGUUGUAAAGAGGAACUUGGACUACGACAAAAAUAUUGAGAGAGCAUUGCAAUGACGUUUGAACCCUGCCAGCAAACAUUGAACAGUGGGGUCCAAACUUGUGAUUUCUCAAGAGACCCCUUUCAAGUACUUCCCUUUUUGACAGUUACACAUUUUUUUCGCAAUGUGAUUUUAUAUGGUUUAUAGUUCAAGUUUAUUUUGAACGUUCAUUAAGUAACAACAUGACACAUCACCAUUGCCAGCUUCUCUUUUCAACAUGGUUGAAAAUGAGUAGGAAGAACAAGCAUAGCAAUCACUAACAGAUUUAUUCAAUUCCUGUUCUCAAUUUCAACACAAUUGACUCCAUAAAUAAUACUAUUCUAAAAAUAAAUACAAGUAAAUUGCAAUUAACAUAGUGAGACGAAUAAGAUCUAAUUUUCAAUCAAUUCAAAAUGUUUCAUUAUUCUUAUUUGUACUUUGUAAACACCUAAAUUUGAACAGUUUCUUAAAGUAAAUCAUAGUAGUACGUUGUUUGACUUCUUAGCUUUAUCCAUUCCAUAAUUUGUUGUACAUUCUUGGGUAGCAGGUUAUAUAUUUUUUUGUACAUAAUUAUAGCAGUUUGCAAAUUCAUUUUAAUUGUUGAAUUUUAAUAUUUUGGAUUCAAAAAAUAAAGGAUUUGAGGAUGUA